AUGCGCUCUUUAUCUAUCUCGCUCUCAACACUAGCCCUACUUCUCACCAACUCGCUGAUUACGACCGCAACCCCGCUUGCAGAGGAAUCGAACUGUGCAAACCCCUGUGGAUACAACGGCUGGCUGUGCUGCGAGACUGGGGAAACAUGCACAACCAACAGUGAGAACCAGGCCGUCUGUGCCGCCAGUGGUAGCGGCAGUGGAAGCUACGAAUACUUCACCACCAUCUACACCCUUACCGAAACCGACAUGUCCACCAUCACCUCAGUAUGGAGUAGUCAGAUCGCCGCUGCAACCAGCACAGGUACCUGCAGAGUCGAUCUCGGCGAGACAAAGUGUGGUACGACAUGUUGCGAGGCCGCGCAGGAGUGCGAUAACGGUGAAUGUGUGGCAGAGAGUUCUUCCGUUGCGAUUACUGCCACAGGCGCAGAGGCUACACCCGGAGUCCGACAGACGAGUAACGGUGCAAGUACCGUAACGCAGACAUCGGCACCCACCACGACCGAAGGAUUCACCGCACCAGUCGGGACAGACGGGGCAGACUUGAUCGGAGUCAAGGCGGCCAGCAGUGGAGGAUUGAGCGGCGGUGCCAUUGCAGGAAUCGUCAUCGGUACUAUUGCCGGUGUGAUCUUGCUGCUGCUCAUAUGCGCCUGUCUGUGCUUCAAGGGUGCCAUCGAUGGAUUGCUUGCAGCGCUCGGAAUCGGCAAGCGUCGCAGAAAGGAAACGACUUACGUUGAAGAACGACACUCACAUCACUCGCAUGGGAGUCGACCGCCUCCUGCAGGCCGGACCUGGUUCGGAAGCAGACCGCAUGGCGACAGCGAAGUCAGCGAAAAGAAGUCCGGGUUCGGCUGGGGCAGUGUCGCCAUUGUUCUCGGUGCUCUUGCUCUCUGUCUUGGGUUAAAGAGACGCAAGGACAGAGAUCACGAUGAUGACAAGACGGAAUCUUCGUACCCCAGCUCAUAUUAUUACUAUUCCGACUAUUACACAAAUAGUGCGUCUACCCUUCACUCUGAUAGACAGAAGAUCUUUGCUGACAAUCCUCACAGGUAG